AUGCCCAAGAAGUCGUCCUUCCGUCUCUCUGGCGGAAAGAAGGCCUCGAACGAAUACCAGCCCCAUACCGGCCAAGUCGAGUCCAAGAAGAGCUCGGCCCAGCACGAGCAGGCUUCGCCAAAGUCCCCGCGCCCGCUGAACAAAUCCAUUCCCUUUAUCAACCCCAACCGCCCAUGGAGACCUCGGCUUGAAUUCUCCCUCAGGGAUUUUGAGAUUCUCUCGACGCUCGGCACGGGAUCGUUUGGCCGCGUGCAUCUCGUGCAGUACCGCGCAACUGGAAAGUUCUACGCCAUGAAGGUCAUGAAGAAAUCGCAGAUCGUCAAGCUCCGCCAAGUCGAGCACACCCUGAACGAGAAGAACAUUCUGGAGCAGUUGGACUUGCCCUUCAUCGUCAACAUGAUUGGCAGCUUCCAGGACCCCGUGAACUUGUACUUUGUGAUGGAAUACGUCCAAGGUGGCGAGUUGUUCUCGUAUCUCCGCCGUGCCGGGAAAUUCCCGCCACACGUCGCCCAGUUCUACGCGGCCGAGGUCAUCCUGGCCUUUGAGUACAUCCAUGACUUUGACAUUGUCUACCGCGAUCUGAAGCCCGAGAACCUUCUCCUGGACAACCAGGGCCACCUCAAGAUUACCGACUUUGGAUUUGCAAAAUACGUUCCUGACGUGACGUGGACCCUCUGUGGCACCCCGGACUAUCUGGCCCCGGAAAUCAUCCAGAGCAAGGGGUAUGGCAAGGCCGUUGACUGGUGGGCUCUUGGCAUCCUGAUCUACGAGAUGAUUGCCGGACAUCCGCCGUUCUUCGAUGACGACCAUUUCAAGCUCUACGAAAAGAUUCUGGCAUGCAAGCUGCGUUUCCCUCCCAAUUUCGACCCCAACGCCAAGGACCUGAUCAAGCGCCUUCUGCAGCCCGAUCUGACCAAGCGACUGGGCAACCUCCGCGGCGGUAGCCAGGACGUCAAAGAUCACAAGUGGUUUUCCAACAUCGACUGGAACAUGCUCAAGCAGCGCCGCGUCAUGGCUCCAUUCAUCCCGAUCCUGCGGCACGAAGCCGAUACGAGCAACUUUGACGAGUAUGCCGAAGACUACGAGCCGUAUACCGGUGUCGGCCCGGAUGUCCACCGGGACAAGUUUAUCGAUUUUUGA